UAUAAUAUUAAGGAUAUAUUUAAGAUGGCUUCGGUACACAUAUUCAUGGUACUCCUACUCGGGAGCACUCUAGUACUGAGUAAGGAAAUAGAACAGAAAGCAAAAGUAUCUGAGCUUUUAGAAAAUGGAAUCAAAGAUGAACCAUCCGGUAAACCAGUUAAAAGAGGAAUCAUUUCCGGCGGACACGGAUAUAUUUCAAGCGGCAUUUCUCACGGAAUCGGUUAUGGUGGUGGAUUAGGCUACGGUGGCGGUAUCGGCAUCGGCAAUGGACUAGGCAGUGGAGUGGCCAUCGGCAGUGGAAUCGGCAGUGGAAUCGGCAGUGGAAUCGGCAUCGGUAGUGGAAUCGGCAUCGGUAGUGGAAUCGGCAUCGGUAGUGGAAUCGGUGUCGGCAGUGGGAUCGCUGUCGGAAGUGGCAUUGGAAGUGGUAUUGCCUUGGGCGGCUCAGGGAUAGCCGUUGGAGGAGGAGCAAUUGCCGCUGGCCCAGCUGUCGCCGUAGCAGCCGCCCCAGCUGUUGCAGUAGCCCCCGCCCCAGCCGUUCAAACAUCAGUCUCAGUGCAGCCAAAUCCUGUUAUUCUUCGCCAGGAAAUCCCACGAUACAUCACGAGGACCAUCACCCAUAACGUACAAGUUCCAGUCCAGGUACCCGUCCAAGUACCCGUGGACCGACCAGUGCCAGUUCCGUACAGAGUCUCAGUUCCUGUACCAGUCGACAGGCCAGUUCCAGUCAUUCACAAAGUGCCAGUUGAGAUCACCAGACAGGUGCCAGUUUACUACGAGAGGAAGGUGCCAUACCCAGUAAAGGUGCCAGUUUCUGUACCCGUUCCAUACCCGGUCACGGUUGAGAAGCAAGUGCCAGUAGACCGUCCAGUCUACAUUAACCGUCAAGUGCCAGUACCUUACCCAGUCCACGUCGAUCGCCCAGUGAGCGUCCCUGUACCAGUUCAAGUUGACAGGCCUGUACCAGUCCCACAGCCCGUAGUUGUUGACAGACCUGUGGCAGUACCACACCCAGUCGUUGUCGACAGACCCGUAGCAGUACAAACUCAAGUUGCCGUCCCAGUUUCAACUGGUCUCUCGCUUGGCGCUGGUAUCGGACAAGGCAUAUCUCUAGGCUCCGGCGUGGGCCUUGGCGGUGGUUACAGCUCUGGCGUGGGCCUUGGCGGUGGUUACAGCUCCGGCGUAGGCCUUGGCGGUGGUUACAGCUCCGGCGUGGGUCUUGGCGGUGGUUACAGCUCCGGCGUGGGCCUUGGCGGUGGUUACAGCUCCGGCUUGGGGCUUAGCGGUGGUUACGGCUCCGGCGUGAGCCUUCACGGUGGUUACGGCUCCGGUCUCGGAUCAUACGCCAGCUCAUAUGGCUCUUACGGCAGUCUGGGCAGCAUUGGCCACUCUUACUCAAGCAUCGGCCAUUCCAUACACUAGAUUAUAAGU